AUGCUUCCUGUCACCAAGGCAGAGCCAGACUCCUCAGGGCAGGGGCUUGGGGUCGGCUGGGACAAGUGUGCUGUCACCCUGAGCACCUCUGGACACGAGGCCUGUCCACACAGCAUGGCCAGGCUGCCCGAUCCCAACGGGGCACCCCUACAGAAACCAGUGGUGGAAGAGCAUGUGGCCCUCACCAGCCCUGCCUGGCCUGCACCCCUGCCUGCCCCCACCAGGUUUACACCCCCACCUGGCCCCUACUGGCCUGCACCCCUGCCUGGCCCUUACUCCCUCCCCCUGCCCACACCCCUGCCCAGCCCCUGCUGGCCUACUAUGCUGGGCUUCUCCCUCAGCCUCCUCAAGCCCAACACCAUAUGGGAGGCACAGUCCCCUGGGCUGGGGGAGACUACCUCAGAGCAGAUCUCAGGGGGAGCAGUGUACUGGGGCGCAGCCUUCAGGAGCCUGGGGGAUGGCAAAGAGCAAUCCCCCAGGCGGACGCUGGCUGCCCGGCACGAGGGGGUUAAGGGGCCGGGCAGCAGCUGGCCGGUUGUCAGGGUGCUGGCGCUCAGUGCGCUGUCCAGAGAGCAGGCGCCACUGACCCAGCAGACGCACUGCCCAUCGGCUGCUGACCACGAGGCAAUGGCCCUGAGCAGAGGAGGCCUGGCCCUGGCGCUGCUGGUGUGCUGGGCAGUGACGGGCAGCGGCAGCCAGGAGGGUGCAGGGCUUGGAGCAGAGGGGGACACCGAGGGCCCUCGGUGCCCAGCCAUGUGUGCCUGCAGCUACGACGAUUAUACGGAUGAACUCAGCAUCUUCUGCAGUGCCCGAAACCUCACGCAGCUGCCUGCUGGCAUCCCAGAGGACGUCAAGGCCCUAUGGCUGGACUGCAACAAUCUGACAAGCAUCCCCGCAGCCGCAUUCCAAAACCUGUCUGGUCUGGACUUCCUCAACCUGCAGGGAAGCCAGCUGAGCAGCCUGGAGCCCCGUGCGCUGCUGGGUCUGGGUGCCCUCUACCACCUGCACCUGGAACAGAACCAGCUGCGCAGCCUGGCUGCUGGCACCUUUGCGCACACACUUGGCCUGGCCUCCCUCAGCUUGCACCAUAACCUGCUGGCCAGGCUGGAUGAGGGUCUCUUUGCUGGCCUGCAGCGUCUCUGGACCCUCAACCUGGGUUGGAACAGCCUGGUCGUGCUGCCUGACGGUGCCUUCCGGGGCCUGGCUGGCCUCCGAGAACUAGUGCUGGCCGGAAACCGACUGAGUUACCUGCAGCCGCCGCUGUUCUGUGGCCUGGGCGAGUUGCAGGAGUUGGAUGUGAGCCGCAACACGCUGCACAGCAUCAAGGCCGGUGUCUUCAUCCAGCUGCCCAAGCUGCAGAAGCUCUACCUGCACCACAACCUGGUGUCCAGUGUGGCACCCGGUGCCUUCCUGGGCCUGAGGGCCCUGCGCUGGCUUGACCUGUCCCACAACCGGGUGGCCAGCCUCUUCGCCGAGACCUUCCCAGGCCUGCUGGCACUGCGCGUACUGCGUCUCUCCCACAACGUGCUAACUAGCUUGCGGCCACGCACCUUCAAAGACCUGCAUUUCCUAGAGGAGCUGCGGCUUGGCCACAACCGCAUCCACCAGGUGGCUGAGCACACCUUCGAGGGCCUGGGCCAGCUGGAGGUACUCACGCUGGACCACAACCAGCUGCAGGAGCUUCGGCCUGGCGCCUUCCUGGGGCUGCCCAAUGUGGCCGUCAUGAACCUCUCAGGAAACUGCCUCCGGAACCUGGGCGAGCAGGUCUUCCGGGGCCUGGGCCACCUGCACAGCCUGCACUUGGAGAGCAGCUGUCUGGGCCACGUGCGCCCCUACACCUUUGCAGGCCUAGCAGGCCUGCGCCGCCUCUUUCUCCGAGACAACACCAUCUCAGUCAUUGACGAGCAGAGCCUGCAGGGGCUGCCUGAACUGCUGGAGCUGGACCUCACGGCCAACCGCCUGGUCCACCUACCACGCCAGCUCUUCCUGGGCCUCAGCAAGCUGGAGUACCUGCUCCUGGCCCACAACCAGCUGGCCAAGCUGGCCCCAGACACACUCCGGCCUCUGCAGCACAUCUUCUGGCUGGACCUAUCCCACAACUGCCUGGAGGGCCUGGCCGAGGGGCUGCUGGCGCCGCUGGGACAGCUGCGAUACCUAAGCCUGCGCAACAACUCGCUGCACACCUUCGUGCCGCAGCCCCCUGGCCUGGAGCGCCUCUGGCUGGACAGCAACCCUUGGGCCUGUGGCUGCACUCUCCGGCCACUGUGGGCUUUCGCUCGGCGGAACCCGCGCGCCGUGCCUCGUGCUGUGCAGGCGGCUGCUGAAGGCGACGACCGUCAGCUGCCUGUGUACACCUACAACAACAUCACCUGUGCGGGGCCACCGGCAGUGGCGGGCCUCGAUCUACGGGACCUGAGCGAGGCCUACUUUGCUCACUGCUGA